GGUCUGCUGUAGUGGAAGCAGAGGCUUCGAAUUCGAAGCUCCACCUCCCCUGUUCGGCCGCCGCUCUCCCCCACUUCGAGCUUUCGAGUGGGCUUGCACUACGGCCAUCGCCUGUGACAAGGGAGGGAGACGCAGGGCAACGACGUGGGCACAGCAGCCAGCGCACGGGGCAUUAGCCGGACCUCGCGAGGGGAGCGUGAGGAGCAGCACGAGGAGCAGCGGGAGGGGCAGCGUCAAGCAGGAUGCCUAAGGGAGGUGAAGAGGCUGUAAAUAUGGCACAGCAAGAGAUGGAGUUCAGGGUCGAUAUGUUCAGCAGGCUAACAGCAGCAUGCUUCGAGAAGUGCAUUGGAAGAUCCUAUAAGGACUCUGAGCUCAAUGUUGGGGAGAACAGCUGUAUUGAUCGAUGUGUGGCUAAAUACUGGCAGGUGACAGGCAUUGUUGGGCAAAUGCUUGGUGGAGCACAAUUUCCAGGGAAAUAGAUUGAUUGACCUUGUCCCUCGUUUUUGGAAUAGCAUUGAGGAAAUAUGUCCCUUGCAUUGUUCUGCCUCAUGAAGCCUUAAUAUAUUUUAUAAUUUUUAUUGUUUUGCUCUCUGUUUUUUUUUUUUUUCCCCCUUUGUUUGUAAAAUAUAUUAUUAUGUAUAUUUUUUUGUUUAUGAUUUUUUUUUCUUUGUUGGUGAAUGUCUCAAAGGGAUGAGCAACUGUGUUACAAACAGGGCCGCCCGGUCGCCUUGGUUGCCCGGGCAGUGUGGAAGGGCAAGAGGGUCAGAGGAGGUCUCUGUGGGAAAGAACAAAAAGACAGAAAAUAAAAAAAAUCCCGAGAAAAAUACAUUGAGGCAUGAUUGUGCGGGAAAAUAAACUGAUUUCUUUUUUUUUUUCCUUUUUUUUUUUUGGGGGGGGGACCAUUUCUCGAUUUGUGGGUGUCAUCCUUGCGCAGGGGCCAUGCUGAUCUUCUCUGUAUGGUUCCAAUUUUAACAGAUGCCCCGGAGAACAAACUGAACUAAUUUUG